AUGAUCACAAGAAGGAUAUCACGGCCCCUGGGGUCACUGGCCUCAUCGCAAUGGGUGUGCCCAUCAUGCAGAACAACCCCCAUAAUACGACAAACCCAACAAAAGCGCUCCCUCCACCGCGUCCCCGUGAUCCCCUACCACACAACCUUCAUGCAAACCGGCGUGCCCAACCUCUUCUCCAUAGAAGGCUACCAAAUCGCCUGGGAACAAUACCAAACCUAUCUCGUCCAAAAGAUCAACGAACUCACAGCCGGCGAACCCAUCGAAAACACCCCCGUCAAAGACAUAGCAAUCCAAUACGCCCGCGACCCCAUGAACGCCUCCCUCUUCAACCACGCCUCCGCCGCCCACAACAACCAGCACUUCUUCUCCACCCUCGCGCCCUCACCCCUCACACUCAACGACUGCCCCCAACUGCAAGAGUCCCUUGUCAAGACCUUCGGCUCAAUCGCUACCCUCCGCAUGACCAUGCUCGACACCGCCGCCGCCAUGUUCGGCCCCGGCUUCGUCUGGCUCGUCUGGGCACGGGGCGUAGACGGCACCCGUGGCAUCAACGGCCGCAGCGGCUCUUGGCGCAUCCUCACAACCUACCUCGCCGGCACGCCCUACCCCGAAGCAGGCUACCGCGCCCAGGGCCUCGACAUGGCGACCAACAAUCAGUCGUCCUACAACGCGUACCUGCAGUCCAUGCCGGUGAAUUCUGCUGGUUCGUUCGGGGCUUUCAGCCAGAGCGGGAAAGAGCAGGCGAGAAUACCGCCGGGUGGAACGAGUGUGAUGCCGGUGUUGAGCGUGAGUACGUGGGAGCAUACGUAUAUGUACGAUUUUGGGAUUACGGGGAAGAGAAAGUUUUUGGAUCAAUGGUGGAAUGCGGUGGAUUGGGGUGUAGUGGAGCAGAAUGCGCCGACAGAGUCGAAGCAGGUGGUGGCUUUCGGCAAGGCCUGA